UGCGGCAGUGCGGUAGGAGGUCGGUGUAGUAGUGCGGUCCAGUCGACUCGCGCGUCGUAGCCAGUGGGGCCGCCCGGGAGCACGACCGCCGCGCAGCUAUGAUGACCGACGAGGGCCACCUGUUCCUGACGGAGCUGCCGCCGCAGCUGGUGGUGCACCGAAGCGCGCGGCACCACCUGCAGUUCCACCCGUACUCGGCGGCCGCCUUCCUGCACCAGCCGCACCUCGAGAGCGUGCCUUCCGCCGCGCACCACGCGCUGUCGGCCGAGGUGUCGGCGCACCUGGGCAAGCACUCCAAGGCGGCGCCGCCGUCGUCGUCGUCCUCGUCGUCGCACCACGGCCACCACCACCACCAUCACCAUCACCACCACCAUCAGCAGUCGCAGCAGCAGCAGCACGCGCAGCAGGAGGUGGCGGGCGCGCCGGACGGCAGUCAGACGCACGUGUCGUGCCUGUACCCCGAGAUCCUGGCGCUGAUCUUCGGCUACCUGGACGUGCGCGACAAGGGCCGCGCGGCGCAGGUGUGCACGUCGUGGCGAGACGCGGCCUACCACAAGUCUGUGUGGCGCGGCGUCGAGGCGAAGCUGCACCUGCGGCGCGCCAACCCGUCGCUGUUCGCCAGCCUGGUGCGCCGCGGCAUCCGGCGCGUGCAGGUGCUGUCGCUGCGGCGCAGCUUGCGCGACGUGGUGCAGGGUGUACCCAACAUCGAGUCGCUCAACCUGUCCGGCUGCUACAACGUCACCGACAUCGGCCUGUCGCACGCGUUCGUGGCCGAGGUGCCGUCGCUGACGCACCUCGACCUGUCGCUGUGCAAGCAGGUGACGGACACGAGCCUGGGCCGCAUCGCGCAGUACCUCAAGAACCUCGAGUCGCUGGAGCUGGGCGGCUGCUGCAACGUCACCAACACCGGCCUGCUGCUGAUCGCGUGGGGCCUCCGCCGCCUGCGCAGGCUGAACCUGCGCUCCUGCUGGCACAUCUCCGACCAGGGCAUCUCCUACCUCGCCGGCCUCAACCGCGACAACGCCGACGGCAACCUCGCCCUCGAGUACCUCGGACUGCAGGACUGCCAGCGGCUGUCGGACGAGGCGCUCAAGCACGUGUCGACGGGCCUGACGACGCUCAAGAGCAUCAACCUGAGCUUCUGCAUCUCCAUCACGGACAGCGGGCUCAAGCACCUGGCCAAGAUGGCGUCGCUGCGCGAGCUCAACCUGCGCGCGUGCGACAACAUCUCGGACGUGGGCAUGGCCUACCUGGCGGAGGGCGGGUCGCGCGUCUCGCACCUCGACGUCAGCUUCUGCGACAAGAUCGGCGACCAGGCGCUGGCGCACGUGUCUCAGGGGCUGUUCCACCUGCGCUCGCUGUCGCUGUCCGCGUGCCAGAUCUCGGACGAGGGCGUGUGCCGCGUCGCCGAGACGCUGCACGACCUCGAGACGCUCAACAUCGGCCAGUGCAACCGCAUCACCGACAAGGGGCUCACCACCAUCGCCGAGUCGCUGCGCCACCUGCGCUGCAUCGACCUGUACGGCUGCACGCGCAUCACCACGCAGGGCCUGGAGCGCAUCAUGCGGCUGCCGCAGCUGAGCACGCUCAACCUGGGCCUGUGGCACGUCAGGUGAGCCGCCGGCCCCGGUGACUGAGUCGACGCUCGACCAGACGACGCCCCCCCCCCUCCCCCUACUCGUCGCCGUGCUGUUCGCUCACCAGUCCCGUGCCGUGACGCCCACUGGACACCGACGAUCGCCCCGAGCCGAGCAUCAACUGUCACGGACACAUCCUGCCGCGUCGGUUGUCGAGGCUGCUGCUGCCCUGGUCAGUUACGAGUUGAAGCAGCAGGGCCGAGGACGAUAAGGACAUUGCCUCGGCUGACAAUAGCACUUUUUUCCACGCUUGCUCGUAUCUCGUCAAGUUAUCAGCUCCCCACAUUGUUGCAGGUGCAAUAGACUGAGAUUAGGAUAUAUGUAUAUAUGAAAAUACAUGGUGCUGUUCAAGGACUCAGUGCGGUUCUCUGUCGAAUCACCAGCUCUAAAUGUCAUCAGUGUCACACACUGUCGAUAUACAGUAGUAUAUUAAUACACUGCGACGCACCGUUUACUCUCUGCCAGCAAGCUUUCAGGUGACAGUCAUCUACAGAUUAGGUCACCCUGUUGGGGCAGCUAUUCCACAAGUAUCAGACAGAUAUAUUGUGUUUUGUGCACCAGCAGUUAAGGUGCUCGUACUGUGCCAGUUCUCCACCUUGCAACCGAGUCUCCUCCAACGUAAUUCCUCAACAAGUGGACGUCGACAGACUAGUGUACGGGUCUGACAUCUACAGCUACACAAUGAAUGGGCUACUGUGCCCUGUGCUGGUUCCGCAUAACUGACUUGCCCUUGUAUGGAGCUUCAGUUGUUGGUGGUCAGCCACGCAGAUGAUUAAUCGGCGCCUUACUGGAUGAAGCAUUUCCAUGAACACCGACAAUAAAUUAUUUCAUCUUCGGUAGUUGCCGUCCCAGGGUUCAGCAACGGACGCUGCAGUGGUCCUCGAGCUGAGAGGAAGAAUGAAAGCGCUAGUGAAGUUGUGAGAGGCAUUUGCUGCCGGCCAGCAUGCCGUAGUGUCGCAGAACUGGAGAGUUGCAGUGCACAGCGGGACUAUUAUAAAAACUGGAGAGGCUGACAGCGUACUGUGAACUCUUGUGUACUGACUUUCAGCUUUCGUAAAGUUGAGUGGUUGCUGCUAUACACCGCCUUCUGGACACAUCUCUGCCCAACAGCUCUUGCUCAAGAAUUUUACUAGUGCUGCAAUUAUCUGCUACGCGUGUAUUUCGUUCUUGGGCACUUGUACUUUUCACCUCACAAGGUUCAUGCUGCAGUAUGGUAAAUAGUAUGAAUGAGUGCUAGUUUCAUUCAAAUGAGUGCAGAAUACGUAAAUCAUUUCGUGAUACUAAGCUGAUAAUCUUCUUCAAUGCCACCUGUGGAUCACCAGAGAUGUCGACUGUUCGAGAUCCGUUCGUCAGCAACACUGCAACGAAAGUAGUUCGCGGUAGUUGUUCGCUGUACUUUGUUCCCUGGUGGGACACGACACUCAUAAGUUAGGCUGCUGACGGCGCAAGCAGGGCCCGUCGCGCCGGCUCAGAAAUUACACGUGUGGAGCUUCCCACUUGGAAAUGUAACCAUAUUGCCUUUUAAUCAAAAUUAAAAUUAUUGCAUUAAUUUUACCUCGUGAGUAUGUUUGCAUUUAUUUAACUCCUAGUGUCAUUUCUGUUAUCAACCACAUUAUCUUCCUUCCAAUUUCGUCAGUUCCUUUCUCUGCGUACAGUACAGCCACGCUUAACGAAAAAUGUCUUCUCGGUUGCAUAUGAAUCAGGUGUUACGUACAUAUAAAAUUCCUUGUUCCACUUAUUUAUGAAAAAGAUGGGUUCUUCUUAAAUUUUAUGUUGACUUUUCCACGACACCAGACGAUACACACGGUGUUCGUGGUCUGGCCUUUUCAGUGAAGGCAGUGUGUUUAUUUGCAUUGUUUAACUUGCCCAUCUCUCCAUAUUCCAAGAAUUUGUUUCGACUUUCAAUACAGACUUAAAGAACGUUCCGAUAGCCGUGGAAAUUGCACCCAACACCAGUAUUAAUUGUCGCCAGCGACUGGCUUCUUUGGCAUACGGAAGGCGGUUACCUGCGCAGUUACUGAAAUUCGUGUUCUAUCUGAUAGCUGGAGCGACCUCUUACUCCUUCCUCGGAGUAGUACCUUAAUCUAGAUGUUAGUACAAUCACUUGUUCUGUCCCAACGAAUGGGCAUUGUGCAACUGAUCCACUUGCAAGCUCAUGCAGUGAAGCACUGAGUUCGUACUUCGAUUCAGUUGUCCUCACACGUGCUGCAGUUGCCUCAAACAGUCCGUCAUUCGAAGCAAAGUCUGGAAAGUCAACAGAACUCAUGCGGCAUGCCUACAUUCUGGAGGGCCUGUCAUUGUUUGGUACAUAUUGUCACAGUUGGUGUCCAACCUAGUAGAUUUAUCAGUUGGGUUUGAUGCCUCAGGCUACUGCAUGUUGAUCGGGUUGGUCGUCCACUUCUCCCUUCGUCAGGAUGUCCAUCAACAUUGUCAUCUGGUGGUUUUCGCACGUCAACUGCGAAAAGUUCGACUGGUCUCAGUUGUGGUAGAUCCCACAUGUUGCCCACAUCUGGUCCAAUUUUAUAAUGUAAGGUUGGGACUGGUAAUCCUUCACAGAAUUCGUGCGUUGCUUGUGAUACCAUUCCCAAGAAACCUGUCGCUCCUUCAAACUCAUCAGAAGACGGGAGACGCAUCGGACGGAACUUGUGAUGUGUCCCGUCUGGGUCUUGGAAGUUUCCGAUGCCCCUCAGAUUGCCAGCUGAGUGAAGCGGGUAUUCUCUGCUACUGUCACCAGGUUCCUCUCUUCUUGCGCACUCCCAUCGUGCUCGCGCAUCGCGGCAAACCCUUACCCCAGAGGUGUAUCAUGUUGUAGUAGAAGUACAUUCCUUUAGAGACGUGCCAGUUGAACUCCUUACCUGUGGAACAAAAACUGUCGCACAUCACGGUGAACUCCUCCCCAGCGUCUUCCAGAAAUCCCUCAUCUCCUUCGAUGACGAAAGCUUCUUGCCAUAACGGGUUGUUAGUUAAUGGUGAAGCUGUCUUGGAGAGAUGUUGGGGUUUUGGUACGACGGACGGCAGCUGAGCUGUCGCCCCUCCAAUCCUUGGUGUAGGUCUCGGUGGGUGGUUUAUCGCUGGCCUCGGCUGCUGGAGGUUCUUCUCGUGGGGGGUUCCCUGAUGUCUACCUCCCUCUUGCACGCGUCCGCGCCCUCUACGUUGGCCUCGUCCUCCCUGACGGGGCGCACUUUGGCUGCUCCAUCCUCCUUGAUUCUCCAUGGCUCUCCAAUCUUGCUCCCUGCACUUAUUGCCGCUUUCGCGUAGCGAUAUGUCCUCUGUGAGCGCAAACACUGUCAAGGGCUCUCUGAGAAAUGUUCCGAUCACUUGCUCUUUGUCAAAAAGUUUAGAAAACUUGUAACAGAAUUAAAGUAUUGUGUCAGUAUUCUGACAAAUAGUAAAGGAUUUUGUAUUGGUGCAGAGCCGUACUCAGAACACAUUAAAUGAAUUGUGGAAUGUUUCUAAGCACGUAACAGCCCUCCCUCGUUCUUCCUUUCACAUGGAGUUACUUAGAGAAGUUGUGCGAAUCUAAAGUGGAAAGUGUCGAUAGGAAAAGGAUUCCGGGACGGGCAAAAAAUUGAUUGUUAAAGAGCUAUCACAUCGGAACAAGCAUCUUACCCUAGAUAGCGUCACUGGACUUAAGAAUUUAGAUGAAACAAUUGAAACUUAUUACACUGCUGGGAAAUCAUUAAGCUCUUUUUUGGUACUCAUUUAAACUAUUCUUUCGUCCCUUGGAGAAUAAUAUUUUGUAGUUCAUACAACUGAUAGCUAACUUCCUCAUUUGUGACCUCAGAAACGCAAUCACGCAAUUCUCAUUGCUUUAAUUUUUGUCCUUGGUGGAGUAAAUAUGUUGAGUUGGAGUAAAAAGAAAUAUUAUAAUUCCCUCGCUUUCUUUGGCAACUCAAAAUGAACUGCCAUUGUUCUGACUGAUCUCUUUUGCAGUCAGAAAAGAACCUUUUUGCAUGAACGCUCCUCUUCCCUUACAAAGUGCUUGAGACACUUUUACACCAUUUCUUAUCCUAAUUUUUCCGAAGGUAUUCAUCAUUCACUAUAGUCCUCUAAUACUUUGUUACACAUUUAGCAGUGCUUAUCACUGGAUCGGUACUGAAGAUAUUGAAUGUCGGGAUUGUCUGCAGCUCUUUUUAGCGAACAGUCCCAGAAUUCAUUUGUCGUGAUUUAGUAAUUGCUAUUUUUUCUACUUUUCAGAUAAGUUGUCUGGAAAGGAGUGAUACUGAAAUUAUUAUUUUCAGCAUAGAAAAAUAUUUGUACUCUUAGUGACAGCAACGAAUACCAUUUUCAUUCUAAGACGACAAUUGUAUUUAAUUCGACCUAAUUUAAGUCCAUC